AUGUCGACAACCACAACCCCCAUAUCUGCCGACGGCCAAAUCAUCCAGAAAUCCCACAAACCAUCGGCGUCGUCGCAGUCGCCCGCUCCACCAAGCACCGGCACCAGCCACGCCUACGCCGCCGCCCUCGCCCUCGGACCGGCCAUGCCCUGGAGCCGAGAGGCGUACAAGGCCAUGACUCUGAGGAAGCCAGAUCACCAUGCCAACAAGCCGCAACAUAAGAGCAGCAGCAGCAGCAGCAGCAGCAGCGCUAGCAGUGGUUGGAGGUCUCUGCUCAAAGGCUCCUCCGCCAGUAAAAAGAAGGCGGCGGCAGAGGCCGAGGCACAUGCCGCGGCUGUGAAACUGGGGGGCGAUGACGAGUCUGUCUAUGGACAUUGA